AUGUGGAAUGAGGUAGUCGGAAACAGAGGUGCCUCUGAGAUUGGAAGUUGUUUACUUUUGUACAUUAUCAGCCAAGUAGAACAAGGAAUAAGAGAAUUUAGCUUCUUUUCUGACAACUGUAGCGGUCAAAACCGCAACAGAUUUUUGUACUCUUUGUACAGCUAUUUAUCGCAAAAAUAUCAAAUAAAAAUAAAACAUACCUACUUAGAAAAAGGCCACACUCAAAGUGAAGGCGAUUGCGUACAUAGCGUAAUAGAAAGAGCUGCUCGAAAUAUACCUAUAUACACACCAGAUCAGUGGUAUACGGUUGUAAGGACAGCUAAAAGAAAGGAUCCUUACAAAGUAGUUGAGCUUGCACAGGAAAAUAUAUAUGAUUUAAAAGAUCUUGAAAAAAAGACGUGUAUUAACUGGGAAAGAGAUGAAGAAAACGAAAGAGUGUUUUUAAAUAAAAUAAAAAUAGUUGAAGCUGAUCCACGUUUCCCUAACACUUUACUUUUUAAAGUUAAUUACGACUCUACCUACAAGAAAUUAAAGCUCACAGAAAAAGGAAGAAAAAAAAUAGAUGUCGAGAUAGCCUCACUAAAACUAAAACCAUGCUACGAAAAGGAAAUUUCUUUGAAAAAACUGAAGUAUGAUCAUCUUCAGUUUCUUUGCCGUAAAGGAGCAAUUUUAGCGCCUUACCAUAAAACUCAAGCUCAGUUCCAUUUGUUAAGGAAUUUGGGCUCAGCUACUUAA